AUGUACCAAGAGCAUUACAAUGCUCUCUUCUCCAUGGACUUCAUGGAGACCAAGUACCCACAUGUUGACACAAUGAAGGCCCUUGGAAUCUUUGAGGAUGUGGAGUUGGUCUCAAGAACAUGCACUUGGCCAAGACUUGCAGCUGGAAUCUUGUUUGGGUUCAACUAUGGAGAGGGUACCAAGUGGAACUUCAAGGAAAAGGAACUCCAAAGGGUUUGGGCUACAAUCGCUGAUGGAGUGUACUCUUCCUCAAGGUCCAAGGCAGCUCAGAUCAGGAGCCCAGUCUUGAGAUAUGUGCACAAGGCACUUGCCAACACCUUCUUUGCAAGGAAGGCGACCGGGACAAUCAACGAGGGGGAACUCAAGUUUCUUGACAUGGGAAUCAAGCCCAUCUCUCACGCACAAGCGAUGGCAAGAGGAUCAGGGGAGAUAGAUCUGACACAGGGAACUUGA